CUGCCUCCCUCGGGGUCUGGAACCUUGUAAGCACCUGCACAGGGGCCCGAGGGCUCAGCCCUGAGCAUAGACCCUGAGUUUAGAGUCCCUGCUGUGCUUCACAUGCAUGGUCACAGUGCGCUGCUGGGGUGGGGGGGCGCCUGGGCACAUCCUGUGUUCCCUGGAGGGAUCUGGGAAGCUGCGACCUCUCAGGGCUUUGCCCACUGCUUCUCCUUUCCUUUCUGGUUUUGCUGGGUGUCUUUGUGCUGUGAGCUUUUAUGAGCCGGACCGCGGUGAGUCCACACAGUGAGUCAUCGAACCAGUGGGUGAUCUGGGGGCUCUGACGGUCAGUGCCUCCUUUGACACCACAGGAGAAGAUCGGGACUGGGUGCAGGAAAAGUAUGGGUUGUGAUCUGGCUAGCAGAGCUCAGCUGCCCUGGCAGGAAGUCUGGGGUCAGGUGCUGCCCGUCACGGUGACCCUCAGGCUGGAACGGCUGUGGUCAUGCCCCUGCUGUGCUCUGCCAGCUGAUGUUGGCUGUCCCGGGAAGGGCAUGACAUCAAGUGAUUCUGCCCUGGAACCUGGGGGUUGCCACAGUGCCAUCUGCCCAUAGCUGGGGACCUGGCCCUUCCUGGAAGGGGAUCUGGGUGUGCAGCUCCUCGCCCACCAGCCAUGCUCAGCGUGAGAGGGCCCUCGUGCUUACCCUGUCAGGCUGCAGAUUGCCUGGCACACUGCCUGCCUCCUCGGCAGUGUGUCCCCCCCAGUGGGCAUACUCUGUGCCUGUGGUGGGCAGUCCUCCUGGGGACAGCCUCAUCUCCUCCUGGUCUGCCUUAGAUUUGGUGCAUAUUCAGUGUGGGAACUUAACAUGCUCAGUGCGAGUGAUGGGCCGGGUGUGGGGCUGGGUGGCUCUGCUGCAAGCCCUCACUCCUCAGCCCUUGCCUGCCCCUCUAAACUCCACCAGGCAGCUCAGUCUCAGAGAGGGCCAGCCAGCCUCAAGGCGACCAGCCAGUCUCUGCUUGAGGUCCUCUCCCACCAUGGCCUCCAUGCAGCAGGCUUCUUCAUUGCCUUCCUCGUCUCCCUGGUGCUGAGCUGGGUGGCGCUUUUCUUCCUGGCACGCUGUCGGUGUCUGCCUGGGAGCCUGCUUGCAGGACACCAGAUGCAGGAUCCUGAGAGCAAGCUGGAGCCCUCGCCGUUCACCUCAGCGAAUGGUAUCAGCGAGGAUCUCACCCUUAACGACCAGAUGAUCGAUAUCCUCACUUCUGAGGACCCUGGGAGGAUGCUGCAGGCCUUGGAAGAGUUGGAGAUUGCAACCCUGAACCAGGCUGAUGCAGAUCUGGAGGCUUGUCGAACCCACAUCAGCAAGGAUAUCAUUGGCCUUCUGCUGAGAAGUCUGACCAGUGGAGGUCACCUCUCCCCACAGGUGGAGAGGAGGAUCGGUUCUGUUUUGAAAGAACAGUUUCUGCUGCUGGAGAAUGAAGUACAAGAAGAGUGUGAUCGUAAGAUGUUGGCAUGGACAGCAGAAUGUGACCUGGAAACAAGAAAGAAGACAGAAAACCAGUACCAGAAGGAGAGGGAAGCAAUGGAGGAAGCAGAAGAGUUGCUGAAACGUGUUAGUGAGAGGUCUGCCGCAGAGUACAGCAGCCUCCUGCGGACCCUGCACGGCCUGGAGCAGGAGCACUUGUGGAGGUCGCUGGCUCUGCACCAGGAGGAGGAUUUUGCCCAGGCUCACAGGCAGCUCGCCAUUUUCCAGAGAAAUGAAUUGCACAGCGUCUUUUUUGCCCAGAUAAAAAAUGCGAUCUUCAAAGGGGAACUGAAGCCGGAGGCAGCUAAAAUGCUGCUGCAGGAUUAUUCUAAACUGCAGGAGAAUAUAGAAGAGUCAAUGGACUUCCUCCAGGCCACUAAGCGGUACCAUCUAAGUAAAAGGUUUGGCCACCGGGAGUACCUGGUCCAGAACCUACAGUCCACGGAGACCCACGUGCAGGGCCUCCUGAGUGCUGCAGCCGCACAGCUGACCCACCUCAUCCAGAAGCAUGAGAGGGCAGGGUACUUGGAUGAAGAUCAAAUGGAAAUGCUUCUGGAACGGGUUCAGAUGGAAGUCUUUUCUAUAAAACAGAAGUUGGACAAUGACUUAAAGCAGGAAAAGAAAAAACUCCACCAAAAAUUAAUAAUUAAGAGAAGACGAGAGUUGCUCCAAAAGCACCGGGAGCAGCGGAAAGAGCAGCUGUCCAUGGCCGAGUCAUGCCGAGCCACUGAGGAUGCCAGCCAGUACCUGCACCGCUGGAGGAACAUGGUGGCCGAGCACAGCGCCGCCCUGGAGGAGCUGCAGGAGAGCCUGGACCAGGCCGCCCUGGAUGACGUCCGGGCCCUGACCCUGUUGCUGUCUGAGAAGGCCACUGAGGAGCUGCGGCGCCUGCGGAGCUCGGCCAUGACGCAGGAGCUGCUCAAGCGCAGCGUACCCUGGCUCUUCCUGCAGCAGAUCCUGGAGGAGCAGGCCCGGGAGCUGGCAGCCCGGACUGAGCAGCUGGAGGCUGAAGAGCGGGCACGUAGCCAGGAAGGCGUACAGGGUGUGAGGCAGAGGCUGCAGGACGAUGCCCCGGAGGCUGCCGUGGAGGAGCAGGCAGAGCUGAGGCGCUGGGAGCACCUGGUCUUCACGAAGCUCUGCAGUGCCACCUUCUCACUGUCCGAGGAGGAGCUGCUGGCCCUGACGCAGGAGGUCCAUGGCUGCUUCACCCAGAUGGACCGGAGCCUGGCCCUCCCCAAGGUGCGGGCCCGCGUCCUGCUGCAGCAGUUCCAGUCUGCCUGGCGGGAGGCCGAGCUCUUGAAGCUGAACCAGGCGCUGGCUGCCCCGGAGCUGCAGUCUAAGGCCAGAAAGCCAAGGUCCAAGAGUAAAAGCAAGGUGGACCUUCUGAUAAAGUGCACCGAAGACAAGAUCCGCCUCUUCGAGGAACAGCCUCCUGCAGACCUGGCAGAAAAGGUGCGUGGAGAGCUGCUGCGGGAGAGGGUGCACCGGCUGGAGGCCCAGGAAGCUCGCUUUGCAGAGUCACUUGUUGCUCUACAGUUCCAGAAGGCGGCCCGCUCGACCGAGACCCUGUCAGCCUACACUGCCCUGCUCACCCUCCAGGACCUGCUGCUGGAGGAGCUAAGCGAGUCUGAGACGCUGACCAAGCUGGCCUGCAGCCAGAUCCUGGAGUCACAUAGCCCAGAGCUCCAGGAGCUGGAGCGGAAGCUGGAGGAGCGCCUGGCACAGCAGGAGGCCGCCCAGCAGCAGCGGGCCCUGGCGAGCUGGCAGCAGUGGGUGGUCGACGGGCCUGGGGUCUCGAGUGAGCCAGGGGAGGCAGAUUCCGAAGGGCACUUCUCCUCCAUCCUGCAGCAGGCCCUGAGCAAGGCCCAGCAGAUGCUGGAGCUCCAUCAGCAGAGUUUGAGAGAGGAGCAGCAGAGCAGUGCAGUGCUGGAGGAUUUGCUGGAAAACAUGGAGACUGACACCUUGGCCACCCUGUGCAGCCAGGAGCUGAGGCUGGCGGCUUACCUCUUGAGGAUGACCAUGGUGCCCGGGGCCACGCUGGGCCGCCUUCUGAGCGUGGUGAUGCCCACGGCCCCGCAGCCGCAGCUGCUGGCCCUGCUGGACUUGGUCAGCGAGAAGCCCUCAGAGCACACGGCGGAGAACCCGGGCAGCGGGGAGCAGCCCGACCCGGGCAGGAGGAGGAAGCAUCAGAGCUGGUGGCAAGCCUUGGACAGCACACUGCGGGCAGAUCUGAGGAGCAGAGGCCUGGAGAAGAUGCUCUGGGCGCACCAGAGAAAGGAGAGCAUAUUGAAGAAGACUUGUCUCCCCAUCAGAGACAGGCUGAUGUUCUCUGGAAGAGGAAGUUGGCCCCAUCUGUCCCCAGAGCCCAUUGGUGAACUGGCCUCUGUCACCAUCGUAGGGAGUGAUACCAUUGAUGUAUUAAACACAGGUGAAAAGCUCUUUAUAUUCAGAAACCCAAAGGAACCAGAGAUCUCACUGCUCAUUCCUCCCAGGAAGAAAAAGAACUUCUUGAAUGCUAAGAAAGCCAGCAGGGCUCUGGGGUUGGACUAGCCCAAGGGAAAGCUCUGGGGGCAUCUGAAGACGGACUUAUUCCUUCCUAUGCACCUGUGUUUUGCUUGUUCAUAAGCGACAACUUGCAGUAGACUGUCCUGGGACAGCCCGUUGCCAUAGUAUAGUGGGUGGGGUCUUGGGCUGGGGUUGCUCUUUCUAAGCGGGGUGCCACGUGUAACCCAGGACCUUCACACCUGCUGUUUGCUCUGGUUUUGUGAACUUCCAUUUGGCUACUACCUGUAUCCCGGGGACAUGGACACUCCUCCCUCUUUGGUGGUCAUGGGCCACCAAAGAUCUGGAGGAGACACCUGCCCCUGUCACACCCAGCGCCACACUGUGUGACAAGAAGUCUACGUGUGUGAGGCAAGACUCUGUACAUUGAGUUUGUUAUGCCCUGUGGUUUUUAU